GGGUCAGAGGUGUGGCGGUGUCCUUCCGGCGGGGCCCGGCACCGGGCGGCGGCAGGUGACGCACCGACUUGGCAGAUGUUGCCCCGACUGACGUAGGCCCCAAGUCUCUUGGGCUGAGGAUGAGCAAGCCCACAGACCUGGAACGAAGCCUCCCAGCCAUUGCCUCCAUCAGCACCUCGCUCUCCCACAGCCAGGGCUUCUCCCCCUACUGCUACUUCUCUCCAGAGAAGAGGAAAGCCAUCUCGGAUGUGAGGAGAACCUUCUGCCUCUUCGUCACCUUCGACCUGCUCUUUAUCUCUUUGUUGUGGAUAAUCGAAUUGAAUACCAAGGAUGGCAUUCGGAAGAACCUGGAGAACGAAAUCAUCAAGUACAAAUUUAAGACCUCGUUCUUUGAUAUAUUUGUCUUGGCUUUCUUUCGUUUCUUUGUGCUGCUGUUGGCCUACGCCGUCGUCAGGCUGCGCCACUGGUGGGUCAUAGCGGUCACUACCCUGGUGUCCAGCGCCUUCCUGAUUGUGAAGGUUAUCCUCUCCGAGCUUCUGACCAAAGGAGCUUUUGGCUAUUUACUCCCCAUUGUCUCGUUUGUCAUCGCUUGGCUGGAGACUUGGUUCCUGGAUUUUAAAGUCCUAACUCAGGAAGCAGAAGAGGAACGCUGGUACCUGGCAGCCCAGGCUGCAGCCUCUCGUGGUCCCCUGCUCUAUCCUGGAGCCCUUUCUGAAGGGCAGUUCUACUCCCCACCAGAGUCCUUCGCAGGGUCAGACAACGAGUCAGACGAGGAGGGUGCAGGGAGGAAGGCAUUGACAGCUCAGGAGAAAGAAUAUGCCCAACAAGGCAGAGAAGCGAUGGAGGUCGUGGACCAAAUCCUUGCCCAGGAGGAGAACUGGAAGUUUGAGAAAAACAAUGACUUUGGGGAUGUCGUUUACACUUUCGAAAUCCCUUUCUAUGGCAAGACCUUUAUUUUAAAGGCUUUCCUCCAGUGCUCUGCUGAAACGGUUUACCAGGAGGUUAUUCUCCAGCCUGAGAAGAUGAUCCUGUGGAACAGAACAGUGGCAGCUUGCCAGAUCUUGCAGCGGGUCGAAGACAACACGAUUGUCUCCUACGAUGUGGCAGCCGGGGCUGCAGGAGGGGUUGUUUCCCCAAGGGAUUUCGUGAACGUGCGCCGGAUCGAGAGGAGGAGAGACAGGUACAUUUCCUCAGGGAUGUCGACCACACACAGCCUGAAGCCUCCUGUCUCCAAAUAUGUCAGGGGUGAGAACGGCCCCGGAGGAUUCAUCGUACUGAAGUGUCCCACCAACCCCCGGCUCUGCACCUUCAUUUGGAUCCUCAACACAGACCUGAAGGGUCGCCUGCCCCGGUACCUGAUCCACCAGAGCCUGGCUGCCACCAUGUUCGAGUUUGCCUUCCACCUGCGGCAGCGGGUCAGCGAGCUCUCGGGCAAGCCCUGAGCACUGGGGACCUGCCCUCACGGGACAUUCCUCUGCCCCUCCUCUCCUCUGGGGUGGGGAGGCAUCUGGGGACAAGCACCUUGUGGCCCCCAAAGCUUCCCCAGGAGAGGCCACCCCUUACUAAUGGCACUGAGAAAAGGUUGGGGGAGGCUCAGCCCCUUCUCACACCGCAGUUUCCCCUCUGCAGGAUCCUGAAGCCACUGACUGACAUGUGCCAAACACACCCCCCCAUCUGCCCUCAUCUAGAUCUGUCCCCCCCACCCAGUGCCACUCACCCAGAGCUGGAGGGGCUUCUCUGUGCCCCUCAGACCUCCUGAACUGGGAUUUGAUGAGAAGGAGGGGUGGGAGGAGUGCAGCUCUGUCCCCUCCUGAUGCAGCCCCUUGCCUUCCCCCCGCAGGAGGGGACAGGGGAGGGGUCCCAUGACCCUUUGAGUGUUGUUCCUAAUCCUUUGGGCUGCCCUUAACCCCUGACCCAGGGCCCUGCCUGAGCUCGCUCGCCCCUGGCCCGCAGCUGCAGGCAGAAGCAGAGCUCAAUUUACCUGAACCAGAGACUUUUCUCCUUUU